AUGGUGGACAAGCAACCUUGUGAGGACAUUCAUACGACGCUUAAAACAACAAUUGUAGAGUCUUCUAGUAACUCAAUUGUCACGAAUAGUAAAGAUAAAUGCCUAAGUAGACUUUGUCACGAGCUCAGUCUACACAGUGAUAAUGUGCGUCCAUUAAUGGGAUUAGAAUUACCUGUAUACGGUACCGAUAUGACCAAAGUAUUAGAGACCGUGAAUGGACUUGAGAGUCUACAACAAGCGCACGAAGCCAAGAGCCAACUCCUGCCAGUAAAGCUGCGGCCUGAGGAGCCGUCGUGCAAGCCGUUGUUUGCAGAUUUGACAAAGACGCAGAUGGUGCUGCUGAAAGUAAAGCGCUCACAGUCCAAGCGAAAACGGAACGAGACGGAGGUUGAGGAGAAAAAGGAUGAGAUCAAUGAGACAGAGAUAAGUUCUGAAGAUAUCGUGACAUUUUCAGCUGAAGUUGUGGGGUUGGUGAAGGAGAAAUACGUGUGUGAAGGCAUGGCUGACUUUCAGUACUUCACUGCUCGGUCAUUCUAUCCGAAGUUGAAGCCUAACAAAGAUGCUGUAACAUUAGUGGCAGAGGCAACGGAUGCAGUAGAUACACCGGUAAUGAAUAGUGCUGUGGUGGAGAAUGGUCCUUUGUCCAGGCCAUCUCUGCGACAAAGAGAAUUGCAAGACUGUUUGCGGCCGUAUCUCGCAGUAGAAAACGAGACACAGCUAGAACUCAUCCCAGAAGUAUUUUCAAAGGUGGACUUGCCACUGAAGUAUGAAUUUCGUCAAAAGUCAGGGUAUCAGCCGACAGCAGUGGCAAAGAAGUCUUCGACAACUAUGACGUGUUUGAACUUUCAUGACGAUACGCCGGCGCCUGCUGGACCCAAGCCUGAAAGACCUGUCAUGCGUCGAAGGAGCGUGGGAGUGAGUGAUGAUGGCGUUGAUGCUCAUGUGAUGGAGGUGCUUGAGGGCAAAUUAGCGCAAAAGCCGGUAUGGCUUCGCUCCAAGUUAUUUGAUGGAUUGGAUGGGUUUGAGCGCCGAGCAGCAAGACGUCUACUGCGGAAGCUUUGCUACGUCUUUGUUGAUGGGCCUUGGAGAGGCUCAUGGAUCAAGAUGGGCUACGAUCCACGAUUACCUGAAGUAUCAGAGACGGCGUCAUGUUACCAGGUGGUGGAGUUGCGUAAUAACCGGGAGCUUGUACACUCCAAAGUAACCCAUGCGGUUAGAAAACGUACCAAGAAGUUUGCUGUUGCUAAUGUAGGGAAUGCAAAUGGAGACGGUGGGCAUGCCAAGGGUCCACGAAUCGUCAAAGUAACACAGACUUCGGCUCUUGAAAACGCGCAAAUCUGCAAGCGUCGUCGAAAGGAACGAUUUACGCGGAGUGAAACACGGCGCUCUUACCUAGUGGAACCCAAUACACCCGUGAGAACUUCUGCUACUGCUACCACGGUAGCUUCAUUGCCGCGAGCUAGUCCCGCGUCAUCAACUGUAGACUCAGGUAAUGAAUGGGAUUCUGAGGAUGAGCAGGAGGACAAGGAGUCAAUAGAUAAUGCAAGUAGGUCUACCAACACUGCAGCAUUAGGAGGCAGUGAAAAGAGUUUCGAGAUAUUUGGAGUGCCAUUGACAAGCGCGAAUGUUUUGUUUCAGCUUGAGGAAAUCGACGACAAUGAAGUGCGUGAAUGGACUGCUCUAUUCGCAAAACAGUUGGAGCCAUCGCUGCUUGGUGGGUGGUAUCCGACGCAGAUGUUCCUGCCAUUACGUGAGAUCAUCCGACUACGCAUCGCUGCGUUGGUAGGUCGCUCGAAAGCUGAGCUUGAAACAAGGCGCAAACAUCUUGACGCCCUAAAGAAGCAGGCACUCAAUGACUAUGCGGAAUGUGCUGGGUCAGCUAGUAGUCAACAAAAGUCCAGCAAAAUUGAACACACUUCAGGGUCAGGAGCAGGUAGCAAUAGCACCGAGGCUGUAGCAGAUGAUGAGGAGGUGCUGGCAUUUGAAAGGUCCCUUAUUCAAAACCAGGAUGCGCAGUCUAACGUGGAGAAACUUUCAGCUGGUACUGAAAUCGAAAAAGGUGAAGAGGAUGACGAGGAAGAUGAUUUGGAGUUGCAGGAAGAUGAAGAUGCCAACAAUGAUAAUAAUACUGGUCGUUUUCUAGCCACGAACGACGAAGAUGAGAAUUUAGAAGAUGAUGAAGAGGAAGACGAGCAAGUAGAAGACAUUGGUAUAUUGGAUGACAAACAGGAACAACAGAAGGAGGCAUUGAUCUCGACAUGUGAGAAUGUGGAAUCAACAGAGUAUUCUUUCUAA